GGUCAAUCGGGACGCUCUCGAGUGCACCCCGGUAAGGAAUCUGAACCCCAGUAUGUUAUUGAGUUCAAUGAAUUUACAUUAAGUAUUUUACUUGCCCAAUCCUACCUCUCUCUGGCUGAAAUCAGCUGAUGUCACCAUUGGUGAAGACGGGCACAAGAGAUUGAAACAAUCGACCUUUAGUACAAUUAAAAAGAAUAGACCACAAGUAUAGUCAAGAUGGCGGAAAUCGACAGUAACAUUUAAUUUGCAAUCUUCGUACUUUAAAAAUGCUCGUGUGCAAUAUGACGUCACGAUAUCGAGUCGACGAUAUCACCGAGCAAUUUCGGUGAGCGAGGUUUGCGCGAUGUGUUGCAAACGUGAGAUUUGGUUACGCGCGGUUUUGACGUGCGCAAUCGGCGCUUGUUCGAUGCUUGGCGACCUCGGCCUCAAGUACGGUAAAAGCGAGGCGCAGCGCGCGGUAUUUGACAAUGCAACACACGCAGUGAUAGGCGGUCUUACGUGGACGCUGAUUAUUGUCCUGUCGCGAAAAUCCUUCGUGCGUAACCUGAACGCUAUAUUUUCUUGUUUCCUACUGGCAUCCUUCAUUGAUCUGGAUCAUUUUAUUGCGGCGCACAGUUGGCAUAUCCAUGAUGCUACGCAUUUGGAGAAGCGACCAUUCCUACACUGUACUACAGUUCCCUUUAUCCUGUGGCUACUUCUCAUCCUACUUUCCGGUAUUUUCCAUUCUCCAGAGUUAGAACAGUCUUCUUGGAUAAUACUGGCUGCCUUUUUAAGUCAUCAUAUACGAGAUGGUACCAGAAGAGGUCUGUGGUUCUGUCCUUUUGGAUCCACCCCUCCACUUCCUUACUACUUAUACGUGAGUCUUGAAAUGUCCCUUCCUUACCUACUGUAUUGGUUCUCAAGUCUGCAUACUUUUGCAGAGAAGAAUGAUAGUAAUGUUACUCUCAUUGACAUAUGAGAGAUUUAUAUAUUAUAUGCAGAGAAUGUCUGACUGGUCAGACAUUAAGAGUACCUGUACGUCAACUACUUAUUACAUAUCAUUCUUUCAAUUACACACAAAUAGAAAUAACAGUCACUUAAAGUUUAAGGGUAAAAUUAACGGAAUAUCUUUAUUUUACUCAUCUAAAAAGAAGACAAAUUUUAUAAAAGAAGAGUAAAUAAUGUGGACAUUUUUACAUUGUUGCUAGAUUAUUGCGAACGAGUUGAAAAGUUUGAAUAGAAUUUACGGGCGAAUCCCACGUGUAUUUGUUUUCUACUCUUGCAUAUAUAUUUCGAUAUCCAUUUUUAUACAAAACGCCGACGAUAUUCCCUGCAACUCAGCAGAGUUGCGUUCCAAAACUCUAUCUAACGAGUAAAAUAGCAUUUAAUUGACCAAUUAAAACAAAGAUAAUUAAGAUUUCUUCAUCAUAAUUGGUCAAUUGAGUGCUAUCCGCCGAAUAAAAUUUUGGAACAAAUGAGGUUUGAUUUUGUAAUCGAUAGUAUAUACUAUAUAUCACUCAAUAAACAUCAAAUAUCAGUAAUAUUGAUGUUAUAAUGCCCCACGCAACAAUGUAACUGUUACAGAAUAUAUAUAGUGUUAUGUAACAAUAGUUGCAUUAUUGUGUGUGACAUAACGGUGAUGUUACAUUACUAAUACUUGCUGUUUAUUGUGCAUCGAGUAUAGCAUUUGACUUAAGGAAUUUUUUCCAUUUAUUUCAAAAUAGUCUUAGUCUGGCUGUAGAUUUUAAUUUUAUCACGCUAUUCACACUACUAUCUCAUCUGAAGCUUUUAUACAUUCCUGGAAAAGAAAUAAUAUUGAUUUUCAACAAAAUUAAGGCAAACUUAAAGUUUCCUGGACAGACCUAAAUUGUACUUUAUAUCCCAAAAAUGUGAUUAUAUAUGGAGAGUUAAAGCCUUUGCAUGUGAAAAAGUCUUAACCGUAAAAUUAAUUCCGUAAAUUUUCAACACAUACAAUCAAAUGGAGCAAUGCAAGUGAAAAACUUUAAGACCGUAAUCAUAACCACAAAAAAUUCGGCAAGCUGGAUUUUUACGAAUGAUGCCUUACGGUCAACCAAUAGAAAAACAGUGAUUACCUGUAUUUGGCGGUAAUUUCGUUUCUCCCGUUUGUGUAAGAGAGAAUGAAAUCGGAGUAAGUGAAAUAUUUUUGCUCUUCGGGACAAGAGAAAUAAUAAUAUUCGACAUGGAUUAUACAUAUCAAAAUCCGAUAUAUUUGAGGCACGACAAUAUAUGUAAAUUUGUGGAUAUGUUAGAUAAACGUAUAAUUACUUGUGUUAUAUUCAUAACAAGAAUAAUAAGAAUUAUAAAGACUAUCUAAUAAAAGAGAAAUUAUGGGAAAAAA